AUGUUUCGCCCACAGCUUCGGCAGGCGCUGCAUUGUGAUCGCGCCCGGAUUUCAGUGUUCACUCCUGCCCGUCAACUAUCAGUUACCGGUCCACUGGCUGCGGACAAGAGCCAGUCUUCAGCCCAACCCGGACAAAAUCGACGCGGUCCCUCUUCUUCAUCGGCCGGCCCUCAGAAGAGUGCGCGAGGAAUCGAUGCACGAUCAUUCGCAGCACCACGGGCUGGCGGAGAGCCUGCAAAGAUUCUUCGAACCGCACGACUGCGGCGGGGCCCUGCAGCCCGCAAGCCCGGCAAACCGCCAGCGAAAGGGGCUGCGAAGGGAAAGAAACAGCAACGGGCGCGAGGUCCAAGGAGAUCUGAAGCGGAUGAGGGCGAUGAUUUCGGGGCAUCUGAUAUCGACAAAAUCGAACAGGAGCAGAUGCUCCAGUCUCGACCGCGUCCCACGCGCUACGAACCCCAGGAUAUCGGCUUCUCCUCGCUCAAGGAGACCUGGCCCUCUCUCCCAACAGACGCAAAUUCACGGUCAGCGGCCGUUUUCGAAAAGUUGUCCAGUUUAAGUGGCCGCUUUGCCAAUGGAUACGUCCCGCCAUAUGAAUUGGGAAGACGGCUGUGGAAGGGCCAGAGCGUGCUCUUCUUCAACGAAGAGGAAAAGGCAGAGGCUCUGCAAGAGACUAAGCGGUUGGCCCAGCUGCGUGCCGACAAGUUGUCACAGAAGAAGGGUGAGAAUAUGGAGCCCAAGGAGAUCGAUUUCGCACCCAUCAACGCGGAGACCACCAGCGGCUUGAUGGAGACACUUGCGCAAGGGAAAUACCCCACGUUGGACGCAGACAAGGACCAAUUACCCGCAAUCAGCAACGUGAUGAGGAACCUGCGCAACAACGGGACCUACCAGUCGGCGGGCAAGCAGCCCCAGUUUGUGACCAAAGUCGAGUCGCUGCUCGCCGGGCCCAAGGUCAAGCGCACUUAG